AUGAGAACCGGAGCAAGAUCAUUCAAAAAUGAGUCAGCCGUGAUCAAUGUUUUUAGAGGAGAGUGCGAGAGAGUAGAUGGGUGUGAAGUAAAUGUUUCCUAUCCAAAUAAUUUAACCUUUUGUGAGCAGGUGGAGCUGAUGAGAAUGACUGAUGUAUUAGUGUCACCACACGGUGCACAGCUUACUAAUUUGGUUCUAAUGGAUAAAAAUAGUAGUGUGAUGGAGUUUUUCCCAAAAGGAUGGCUUAAGCUUGCAGGAGUUGGUAAGCUUGUGUACAAAUGGGGAGCUAAUUGGUCAGGGAUGAGACAUGAAGGUUCUUGGCAUGACCCGGUUGGGGAAACAUGUCAGUUUCCUGAUACAAUGAUGUAUGUCGUUGGUCUAUAA